AUGUUUUUUGUUCUGGAUUUCGUAGUCGAGGCUAUCUUAGCCACUCAAUCGCUUCCAGGACUUGGUUUUAAAAGAGUUGCCCGUUUCAUCUCUGCCACGGCAGCCCUGAGUGGUACUGCAACUGUUCUGUUCAUGCCAUUCCGGCAUCCAUCGCUUCCGCAACUCGAUAUUAGCACUGUUGGACAACCCCCAUCGAGCAAUUUCCGUAGUCCGGAGGACAAUCUGCGGCUUUGGCAGUUUCUAACUGUCUCCUGGAUGGAGCCAUUGAUUUCUUUAGGCCGGAAAAGGAAGCUUAAUGAACCUGAUGUCUGGCUCCUCGGGUUUGAAUUCCAACAUGAGCGCCUAAACGAGAAGUUCCGCCAGUUGAAAGGAUCUGUUCUUGGUCGAGUCCUGAGAGCGAAUAUCGUGGACGUUUUCAUUAUUUUGGCAGUCGCGGUCGUCCAAAUAGCUUGCGAACUUUCGACCCCGGUUCUCCUGCAACAGCUUCUCCGGGCGAUGGAGGACCCCGGCAAAUCAAAGCGCAUACCAUUGACCUACGCGCUUUUCUGGCUUCUGAUCCGACUCAUUGCCACCCAGUCUCAAGUUCUAAAUAUUUGGUACGGCCGAAGAUGCUACGAGAGAUCCAGAGGGGAGAUGGUGAUGAUGGUAUACGAGAAAGCACUCUCUCGGAAAAAUAUCCUUGGCAUAAGACUCGAUGGUCCAGAAGACCGUGACGGUACGGCGGACGGCGAAGGCGCUGCAUUGCCGGUUAGUAAGAGACGAAAACUUUGGGGCUGGCUCCCUUUUGUAAGGGACACGCCAAAAGAAAAACCUGCGAAAGAGGCUGCUUCACUAGGAAAGAUAUUCAAUCUCCUUCGGGGUGAUGUGUAUGAGGUUGCACAGCGAUUCUGGGAGGUGGGUGAUCUGAUUGACAAGCCUGUCGGGUUGAUGUUUGCCAUUUUCCUAGUGUGGAGACUCUUUGGCCCAUCCUGCUUCCUAGGCAUCGUCGCCGUUCUAGUGGGACAAGUUUUAAAUGCAGUCAUCACUCGGUACCUCCUCCGAUGGGAGAAGAUCAGACGUGCAGCUACCGAUGCUCGGCUCCAAAUUACUUCACAAUUCGUCGAAGCCAUCAGACACCUGCGUUGGAAUGAGCUUCGUAUUGAUGUCAUUUUCCCCGCUCUGCAACUUUUUACCAUGCUGGAAACGCGGUUGCGCGAUAUUCCUAGCCUGAUCACAUCUUUUAUCAAUGCUACUAUUGCACUAGGUCGAAUUGAAGACUUCAUGUCAGAGCCAGACAAAGCACAGCUGCCUUUAGAUGGUCGAGCACAAGACUCUCAUUUCGAGAUGCAGUCAUGCUCGUUUGCAUGGCCAGGAAAAUUAACUCCCGUUCUGAAAGAUGUGUCCAUACAGAUUCCAACUGGACUGACUGUCGUCACCGGCAAAGUUGGCGCAGGCAAAACAGCCCUGCUGCAAUCUUUUCUUGGGGAGCUAGAUCUAAUUAGUGGUCAAUCGAAAGCCCCCAGUGAGAUGAUAGGCUAUUGUUCUCAAAGCCCCUGGCUGCAGAGCAUGAGCAUCCGUGACAAUAUCCUCUUCUCAGCCCCUUAUCAAGACGAACGAUACAAGCGGACAUUAGAAGCUUGCGCCCUUUUGCCCGAUCUGUCUCAGUUCAAACACGGUGACCUCACUUUCAUUGGUGAAAAUGGCGUUGGUCUAUCGGGUGGCCAAAAGGCCCGAGUCGCCUUAGCUCGAGCUGUGUACAGUUCCUCGCGUAUUCUUCUUCUCGAUGACCCAAUCUCUGCAUUGGAUCAUAAUACCGCCGAGUUUGUCAUCCGGAAAUGCUUCGCAGGUCCUUUAAUGCAAGGCCGCACGAUCGUCCUUGUGACCCAUCGUACAGCUCUCGUCAAGGCCAUUGCCGAUCAAGUGCUUGAAAUUAAAAGCGGAUUUGUUACGGUCUACGAUAAGGCAACCAUGUCAAACAUACUAGGCGAAGACGACACCGAUAUUUCCCAUAGUAAUCACGGCGACGAGGAUCUCCCAGGUCUGGAGGAUGAAGCGAAUGCAGUUCCAGACAAGUUCAUCGAGGAUGAACAUCGAGCGGAAUGGGGUGUUCAGGCGAGGGUCUACUGGAAUUACAUCAGAGCUGGCAGAUAUCGCUGGUGGAUCACACUUGUGCUGGUCUUGACCGUGUACCGCUUAUCAGCUGUUGGGCAGUCGUGGUUCCUCAAGGGCUGGGGAGAAGCCUACAAUCGCUCGCAGUCUUCGCUCUUCGAGGUUGGGAAUUCGAAUCAGCAUUCUUCCAUGAUUCAUUUUAGCCCUUUUAUGUCGACCAUCGAAGGCUCCUUUUUGCCUCAAGAUCCCGUCCGAGCAUUACCCUCCCCACGCGAUGACGUUCGGCCUUGGCUAUGGACUUUCUUCGCCAUUGUCUCGUUCCUAUCGGUCACCCUUCUCAUUUCUCAAUUACUUAUGGUAGUCGUGGUCUAUUGUGCCGGCAAAACACUGUUCCACCAGGUCAUAGUUCGGGUCAGCCAUGCUACUUUUCGGUUUUUCGAUGUCACCCCCGUUGGGCGGCUCAUGAACCGUUUGACAUCGGAUAUUGGUGUGGUUGAUGGGAAUAUCAGCGAACAGUUCCAGGCUAUUGCUUUCCAGGCAAUUACCUGGGUCUCGUCCAUCCUGGUAAUUGCUAGUGCGACGCCCACGUUCUUGGUGUUUUCGCUCAUCUUAAGCACGGCCUUUGUGAUGAUCUUCCUGCGGUUCCUGCCGACUUCCCAAAGCCUCCGACGGCUGGAGAUGGUCUCUCUGACGCCGCUAUUGUCGAAUUUUGGCGAAUUAUUAAAUGGACUGACCACUGUCCGAGCCUUCCGUGCCGAAGAGCGCUUCCAGAACCGGGUCAUAUCUGUUGUUGACAAAUUUCAAGGGAUGGAUCAUUUCUACUGGUCCCUGCAAGCGUGGCUGAUGUACCGAUUUGAAGGCCUCUCGGCCCUGUCGACAUUUUGUCUCACUGUCCUGGCCCUGUACACUAACACAACCCCAGGCCUUAUUGCCUUUGUGCUUUUCGCCGCUAACGCCUUCGUCACCUCGACCCAUGCUCUUUGCAAACAAUAUGGCCAACUUCAGAUGGAUUUUGUGUCCGUAGAGCGAGUAGAUGAGUUACUUCACAUUGAGGAGGAGCCACCGGGAACGAUCGAUCCUCCAGCUGCAUGGCCAACCUAUUCCAGCGAUAUCAUUUUUGACGAUGUAUCCAUUCGCUAUGCGCCACAUCUCGAGCUUGCCUUACAGAAUGUCUCUCUUCGCAUCCCUGGCGGAUCUACCACUGCCAUCAUCGGCCGAACAGGUAGUGGUAAGUCUACCUUGGCUGUUUCUUUGCUCAGUGCCAUACGGCCAGAAACUGGACAGAUCCUGAUGGACGGCAUCGACAUUGCCAAAGUCAACACCCAAGCGCUUCGGACUAGAGUUACAUUUGUCGCUCAAGAUCCCGUUCUUUUCCCGGGGAGUAUCCGCCUCAACCUCGAUCCCACCGAAACCUUCUCCGAUAGCCAAUGUGCGGAUGUCCUGGACCGCCUAUGCGGUCGGCACGGCUGGACUCUCGAGACUCAAAUUGAAGCCGGAGGUCGCAACCUCAGCCAGGGACAGCGUCAGCUUAUCGCUCUCACUCGGGCCGUGUUGCGACGCAGUCCUGUUGUCAUCUUUGAUGAAGCGACGGCCUCCAUUGAUCAUGAGACCUCGCUUGAGAUCCAGCAGAUUGUUCGUGAAGAGCUCGAACAGUCUACUGUGAUCACUAUUGCUCACCGCGUCGAGGCCGUGAAGGAUGCGGAGUAUUAUGUGGUCCUCGAUCAUGGAAAGGUUGUUCGCCAAGGGGAUGUGCGCGACGGCAAGGUGCACAAUUUCUGA